AUGUCAAAGAAAAAAGCAAAGUUUGAUUUAAAUGUUGCAGCUCUAUCAGCUAGUGUUGGGUCUAUGGUACUUUUAAUGAUGAGCAUAUUUCUAUCCUCAUGGCUUUAUAAUGCAGCAGGGAAAGGUUUUUAUCCCUAUCCACGCUACUGGGGACUUCUAACAGUAAUAGGUAGGAGAACACAAUCACACAAUGAAGUUUGGGAGAUAGCAUGUAUGACCGCGGCAAAGCUUGCACUUGGCUUGACCUGUACAUCUCCGUUAUGCAUUUGGUACUCACAUAAGUGUGAUGCAUACAGAAUAGUAAAGAAUAUCUCAUAUGCUACGGCUAUAGUUAUAGCAAUAACAUGUGGAAUGUUAACAGGAGCAAUGAUUUGCUCGUUGAGAAGUAACAUUUCUAGUCUCAGAUUGUCAACAGCAUUCAGUUUCGCUGCUUUUCUGGUAUGCUCACUAGUAAUAUGUUUAUAUGCCUUCUUGAUGAAUGAAGCAUUUAGCAUAAUUAAUAGUGUUGGAUAUUAUCCAGUUCCUCAGCCGAGCAUAUCUUUUGCUAUAGCUUUAGGUGGUAUCUUUUUAUUGCUAGUAGCCUUUAUUGCAUAUGCUCAAAGAUAUAGGAAGUUAAGAGCUGAAAAGGACUUUGAGGAAGAUACUUGGUAUGAGUAUCAAAAUCUUAAGAAUGAGUAUUAUGGAUACAAUGCAAUUCAAUGA